CUGUCACUGUGAAGCUGCUCUGACACAAUCUUUAUAUGGUCAUGUCACGUCACCUUUAUUUGUAUAGCACUGUAUACAGUACUGAUUGUGUCAAAGCAGCUAUAGAUACAAAGCUGGCUUGACUUUAUUUAGCUAAAUCAUUCUGGUGACUUUCUUUGGUUCUGUGGUAAAAACAAACUGGUUUGAGCAAAACUAACUGAAAGUUGUCUUUCCUGCAGAUCACUGUGAGCAUCAGAGAGAAGAGAACGAUCGCUUCAUCCUCCUCCUCCUCCAUCGCACCUGUGUGGAUCAGAUCGGUCCUGAUGGAGCGGGCGAACGGCUCCCGGCCUGCAGGCUGCGGCGUGGCUCUGGCUCUGGACUUCUGGCCGCUGUGUGACACGUGGGGGAUCGUGGUCCAGGCCGUGGCUGGGGUGGGUCUGGUCAUCUGUGUGGUGCUGAUGCUGGCUCUGCUGCUGUGGUCAGCGUGUGCGUCCCGCCGGAGGAACAGUGUGCUGGCGGCGCUGAUGCUCUUCCUGAUGGCCACGGCGGGUAUAUUCGCCCUUCCCUACUCCUUCCUCAUCGCUCUGUCUCCGCAGACGUGUCCGGUGCGGGUGUUUGCGUUCGGCGUGUUGUUCAGCGUGGCCUUCGGGGCUUUGCUUGCGCGCGGUCUGUCUCUGCUGGGGGUGUCCCUGGCCCGCGGCUGGAGGGAGGUGUGUGUGACCGCGGCGCUGGCGCUGGUGCAGGUGAUCAUAGCCACCGAGUGGCUGCUGGUGGUGCUGGUGCAGGACAAGAGGACCUGCCAGUUUUCACAGCCAGAGUUUGCCAUGCUGCAGAUUUACGUGAUGGUCCUGUUAGCCACGGCGCUGGUGACGGCGCUGGGUUUCCUCCGCUACACCUGUGUCACCUACAGCUACAGGGACAGCGGACAGGUGCAUGGGCAGAACAAAGUGCAGGCGUCUCUGCUGGUGCUGACGCUGCUGCUGAGUGUGUGCGUCUGGCUCGUCUGGAUCACGCUCCUCACAUACGGGAACCGUGCCAUGGGCCGCAGCCCGCUCUGGGACGACCCCGUGAUCAGCGUGGCUCUGACCGCUAACGGCUGGGUGCUGCUACUGGGGCAUGGUUUCACUCAGGUCCGCUUCAUGUGCAAGCACAACGCUCGUACCAAGGACCCGCCGCUGGACUUCACGGGCUGGACGAGCUCCAGAACACCACCAGCGGCUCCACCGGACCUGAAGACCGGCACCGACAACGAGGGCUUCCAGACGGACACGGACGCGAGGAGAGGUAAUGAUGUGGCAUGGUCUGGAAUCUUCAUGAGAGAACUCAGCGCAGAGAAAGAUUACAGCAUCCCUCGACCCACGACCACCAACAUCAACGAGCCGUACGACGAAUACUAUGGACACAGAGUUUGACCACACACACACACACACACACACACAGCGACACACACAUGCACACACACACACACAGGGACACACACACACACACACAUACACACACAGCGACACACACAUGCACACACACACACACACACACAGCGACACACACAUGCACACACACACACACACACACACACACAGGGACACACACACAGGGACACACACACAGACACACACACACACACACACACACACACACAGAUAUACACACACAGUGACACACACAGUGACACUCACACACACACAGGGCCUCACACACACACAGAUAUACACACACAGCGACACACACACACACAAACAUGCACACACACACACACACACGCCUACACAUACAGCGACACACACACACACAAAACAAGUUGAAAAAAAAUAUGUAAAUGACUACAAAUUAGGGAAAAAUACAAUUGCAAAGUUUAUUUAGUUAUUAUUAGUAUUCCUGAGUUUGCCAGACCAGCAGGUGGCGCUGAUGUACUGCAGUCUGAAUAACUAUCAUAAUCAUUCAUUAAAGUCUCUCUCUCUUUGAAGACUUCCCUUGUGCUUUAUUAUGAAAAAUCCAGUGACAAUAAUACAGAAGUCAACAACUACAAUAACAAAAAACCUGAACACUGCACACUGUUCAAGCUAUUACACUGGAAACU